GAAGAAGAAGAGAGAGGAGGAGGAGGAAAAUACAGGAAGCUGCUAGAUUUGUGACCAACAGCUGUAAACAGAGAGAACUUUCUAGGAUCUAACCCCGUGUUCACUGACAGGAGAAGAUGGCGACCACCAUCAGCACUCAGCGGGGACAGGUAGAGUUUGACUCCAGCUGCUCUGAGAUCUGUUUUAAGAUUCACAGACAGACUGAGCUAGCUACAUUCAAGUUAACUAACACCUCUGACAGUUCACCAGCUCAAAGCUCUCAACAACACAAACUGCUCUCAUUAACAUUGACUAUGACAGACUCAGUUUAGUUACCGUUAUGUAACGGAUAAGCCUUGGGGAUUAAUCAGCCUCUAAACCAACAGCUCCUGCGUCCGAAUAUAGAAACAUCCGCGUCUGACGUUGGCUGCGGUGUUCCGCUUAAAUGAGCGACCGUGUCCAUUAGUGACUUUCAGCCGAAUACGGAUGUGGUUGUGUCGUUGUUGGAGGAAAUAAAUAGUAAAGGGGUAUAGGUGGCUUUCCAAAUGCCUCGGAGUUUACUUUUUCGCGUAUAUGUCUUGUAAGUGUCCAACAGUAGCUACAGACGGCAAAUGUUUCCCUCAGAACAGCUGCUGUUACUACGACAACCACAGACACUUUAGGCUGAAGGUCUCCAGAUGACACGGUCACGCUUUGUACCGAAACAUCAGUUAUAAGCGACGACUUCUAAGCGUUAUUACAGUUAUAAAUACCAGUAAGGUAAAAAGCUGUGUGAUCGGGGAUUUUCAUAAACAACAGUUGCUGUGUGGGUGUGUUUGGAGGCUUAGACAUAUUCAAAGAGAUAAAAACCAAGUCAAGGUUUUAACUGAAACCACGUCACAAAAAUACACGGCAAUACAGAGGAAUACCAAGGCAUGAAUACAAGUACCAAAACAAUUGACAAAUCACCAUGAGGUCUGCAAAUCUCAGCAUCUCACAACUCAGCCACUUUUACAAACACUACACCAAAUCAGCCAAAAAGAAGAUGCAAUUUUACAAACACACUUUUUCAAAAGAAAUAAAACAGACUUCAUAAAGAUUUUCCAAGGCAGUGUCUCAUAAAACCCUGGGGAUGCACCCGCGCUUUAACACUUGUUGAACCACAUCAAUAGUGCUUGAAAUCAUAGCCACAGAUCCACUUGCACUCAAUAACACAUUUAGUAAGCAGGUAGGUGGAGGAGCAGUGCCAGCUGUUUGGAGAUAUGUUAAGGUGAACCAGGGACCAAAGAAAAGCAGCCUACAUGAUGCACUAAAUCAUCCAGCGUCAGUCUGAUAUUUUGUAAGAAUUUGUUGUCGUCUGAAUGUAAUAGAUGUGUUUGAACUUUCCACCUUGGCCUCCUCUUACCUAAAACACACUAUGGUAACCAGCCUGUAAGAUGGCUCCACAAAGAUGUACGGAUCUUCAGGAACCACAUACUACAUAGUACAGCGUGUGAUCUGGCAAAAGUAAGCUCUUGGGUAACUGGGAGCAGGAUAUCAACAUUUAGUGGACAGUAAUAGAAACAGGUUCACAGCUGAUACUGCAGAGUUUAUUUUCAUCACAAAAAAGCUACCUCUAGCAGCUAAAAAGAAGGCAAAGUUCUCACAGAAAGCCCAGAUCCAUGACCACAGGUGAUUUUAAAUGCCCUGAUUCAGUCAUAUGCCGUGUGACAUGUUGCAUACAAGUGACGUGUGACAGUGCUGUAUCAAAAAACAACCUCAACAUUUGUUAAAGCUUUAUCAGUCAGUAAGUUAGUCUUUAUUUAUAUGGUGCUAGGUCCAAACACACGUUAUCAAAAGACACCUAAUAAAAAGAGCUGGUCCAGACCAAACUCUCCUUUUUAUUAUUCACAAAUAACCACCACCUAGUUCAAUACCGUUUCUGUCUUCAUUCACUGAGUAAAGCUCUGUGCAGCACUGAGUAGGUCACAGUGGGAUACUUAAAACAAAAUUCACUUGAAACUGACAGAGAUCCUCCCUCUCAAGAAUUUUGCUGUUUAGUGAAAAUAACAGUGUAAUGGCUUUACAAACUUAUCCUAAUUUUUUAAAACAAUGAACAUUUUAGGGUCACCUGAACGGAGCUGUUUUUUUACACUUCUUAACCAUAAAAAAAUAUUGGCCUAAGCUAUUUUUUAACAAAAAUUAGUUUUUGGCUAAAAUCAUCCCUAGAUAAUGCUGGCCAUCUCUGGUAAAAUCGCCUAUUCUUUAGUUGGAAGGAUCAUGGCAUAAUUUUGCAUUUCUGCCUUCAUAUCAUCUUUAUAUCUUUGUCUCUUGACUGCAGCUGAAAUUAAAACAACAUGUGAUCUUAAUAUUUCAUCACAGCAGUGUUUGAUUGUGUUGACACACUGACAUAUAUAUCCUGACAAUGAAAGACUACAGUACUUUACAAUAUAUUUAACUUGCAAAUGCUCAGGCUACUUUGAUCAAAAUGCAUCACUGUAUUGUACUGUAACUUUUAGUUUUUAGCUGAAGCAACACUAUCUUCAGAUGAGAACUCCUGCCCCCCAAAAGGGCUUCUUAGUUAGUUAGAAAUAGACUUGAGUUGCAGACUAUUAAACCUGUUGAUAAUGUGGAGUUUGAUGAACAAACAAAUAGUAAUUUUAUUAGAAUCUGUUCAAUGUUUAAGGUAAGUCAUUUUCAUAUCCCUCUACUUUGUGCUCCGUCUUUGAAUCACCAGCUUUGUACUUGAAUUCAUGUUUUGUGUCUUUAGGUGUAUAUUGGUGAGCUUCCCCAGGACUUUCUGCGAAUCACUCCAACCCAGCAACAACAGCAGGUCCAGAUUGAUGCCCAGGCAGCCAGGCAGUUGCAAUAUGGAGGCUCCAUGGGCACCGUGGGGCGUCUCAGCAUCACUGUCGUGCAGGUAAAAACCUUUGUGCUCUGAUGUCCUACUUAAUAAUGUGUAUAAUUGGCUCCAUUAAAAGUUGAGUCUUGUCCCCUUUUCAUUAUUUUGUUUGUUUGUGUUUUUGUCUCUUUUAAAGUCUGCAGACCAAAAUCUGUGCGCUGCAGGUGGAGUUUCCUGACAUUAGUGAAAGCUAAAAACUUUCAGAAUAAUUCAUGAAUGUAUAGACUCCUGUGGAAUUUACACUUGAACACAUAGGCCAGCAAACAGCAGCGACACAUCUCUUUUGUUUUUCUUACCAGGCCAAGUUGGCUAAAAACUAUGGUAUGACCCGGAUGGAUCCAUACUGCAGGAUCCGACUUGGCUAUGCGGUCUAUGAAACCCCAACUGCUCACAAUGGAGCCAAGAACCCCCGUUGGAACAAGGUGAUUCAGUGCACUGUGCCCCCAGGAGUGGACUCCUUCUACUUGGAAAUCUUUGAUGAGGUGAGGAGGUUGCACUGAGGUGAAUUACAUGAGUCUCUUUUUGUCAGUUCUGGUCUGGGGCAGCAAAUGGUUGGUACUGUGACGGAGUGUAAACAUAAGCAGUAGAGGCAGCCUUGAAAAAAGGAUGGUAAUAAGUUCUGUGCCUUUUUGAUACUUUGUCUCUCUUUCUUUUUUUUUUUCUUGCUCUGACACAAAAGUAAAGCCCCUGCUUUACUAUAUUAUUGUGAUACUUUGAUAUUUGAUAUCCAAAAAGAUUUGGUCAAGAACAUACUCUUUGUUAUGAAAGACCAUACUCCACUCUCUUUUUUUUUUUCAACAAUCAUAACCAGCUUUUAUUUGCAGACCUGUUAACAUUUGAGCUAAACUCUUAAGUGGCAGAUUCUGAAGUCCGUCAUUGUGAGUGAAACUGUCAGAAGGGCUUCCUCUUCUUUUCUCUUGUCUCAGAUUAAUAGCUAGAUUAGUUUUUUCUUCUUCAUGCUGUUAUGAAUGGUUGGUUAGAAAAUCAACACAGCUGUCUCACUGCUAAAUUUAGAGGUAUGGCAGUGCUGAUACCUCGAACUUGUAUCUUGCAUGUUCGUGGUAUCUUAUUUGAUAGACUCAAAUUUGUGUUUUGAUGUAUUUCUGCCUUUUUGCCUACCAGAGAGCAUUCUCCAUGGAUGACAGGAUAGCAUGGACUCAUGUCACCAUCCCAGAGGGCCUGAGAGAGGGCAGUGUUGUCGACGAGUGGUUCAGCCUCAGUGGCAGGCAGGGGGAUGACAAGGAGGGCAUGAUCAACCUGGUGAUGUCUUUUGCUGUGAGUGAAUUCUCCAGCUUAAGAUCAACCUUGUCACUGUGAUGUGUUUGCUGAGCUCAUAUGAGCAUCUAUCAUAAAGUACAAGACCUUAUGAAAAUUCAGUCUUAACUGCCUAAUGUGUUUCCCCUCUUCAAAAAGUAAUUUAACCAAUAUAACAAAAUGUAAGGUCAUUAAGAAGUAUUGAAAAGUGUCAAUAACAGUUUUAAAUUAUCUAAUACAAUGGCUUUGUAAACUGCCUCCUUACAUUAAUCAAAGAACAAGUGUCAAAAAUCUCUGCCUUUAAUUUUUCUCCGUCUCUCUGUCAGUCCCUACCAGCAGGAAUGAUGACUCAGCCUGUGGUCCUGAUGCCCUCUGUGUACCAGCAAGGCGUGGGAUAUGUGCCCAUAGCAGGUAAAAUGCACACAUGCAAGGUUACCCCUGUCACAUCCUCUGCUGAAUGAUAAGCUGAUGAGGUGACCCACUGAUUUUCAUCGAACUCAACCUUUUGUUCAUAGUCAACCGCUGUGAGUCUUGUUAGCUGCUGAUGUUUAUAUGCAGGCUGUUCAUGUGCUUCCAAGUAUGACACAGUAGUAGCUGGUAUGUGAGGUUGCUCCUGUUUGGAUUUGUGCUUUUUUGCAGUAUCAUAAGUCAUUUAACUCUAUCUUCCUUUACAACAACAAAAUGCUCUCUGAAAACAUUUUGGUUUAUUUAUUGUGAGUCUAGAAUAUGUUGAACUGUCACUUUAUGUCUGCCUUGCCAACUGCUUCUGUUGGUCCACUGUGUCAGCAGUGUCCAUAGAGCUGAUCGCCUGCAAGCCAUAAGUCAGUGGUGCAGUAACUUCAGCUAAGUUCAAAGAGUACAGAUGAACAUAGUUUUGAGAAACUGAACAUUUCUGUGAUUAAAUUCCUUCUUUAUUAUUGAUUUUGGAAAAUUAUCCAACAUUAUUAUUACUAGAUUUCAAAGUUUAAAAAGCAAUGAGCCAUUAUCAUCAUAAUUAAAACAAAAUAUGUCACUAAAUACCUAUUUAUUCUAGUGUGUAUGUAGAUUUACCUUAUCGAUUUAAGUGGCCAAGAAAGGAACCAGACUUUUUUUUAUGAAUGUUUGAGUGGCACCUGUAAGUUAGUUUUUCUCCCUUGGAAAAAGGGCCAUAUAACCUGGAGUGCACAGAAACCUUGGUUUAAAAACCACAAGAUGAAUGAUUUUUUUUCCCUCUUUUGAUUAGAAAACCUUCAUCUGCUGACAGAAAAGUCACAUCUCUCUGUUUUUAGGUGUACCUGCGGUCUACAACCAGGGGAUGGUUCCCAUGGGAAUGCCAGCAGCCAUACCAGCUGUCCAGGGGCCAGUGUGCAGUGAGGAAGACCUAAAGGCUCUGCAGGAUAUGUUUCCAAACCUGGACAAGGAGGUGGUCCAGACAGUGCUUGAUGCACAGCAGGGCAACAAGGAUGCUGCCAUCAACUCCUUACUGCAGAUGGCAGAAGAGCUUUAAAGGCAGAGCACAAGCUCAGAGCAGAAAUGCCAAUAUAGUCACUGACUUACACACACACACACACAUACACUCAUACACACACACAUAAAUAUAUAUAUAUAUAUGUAUAUACACAUAUAUAUAUAUAUAUAUAUAUAUAUAUAUAUAUAUAUAUAUAUAUAUAUAUAUAUAUAUAUAUGUAUGCCAACAUUCCACUGACACUGGACCCUGAAAGCAUCACAAUGGCUGUGCUCACUCUACGUAUGAGGCCACUCUUUACAUCUGGUAUCAACGUGCAUGGUAUUAGCCAAGUCCAGUCUAGUCUAGUCUGCUUAGUACAGCCGUUUACCAUACUGGUCAAAUGAGUUCAUUUCCAUCAGUAUGAGUAGAAUUUUUAAAUGUAUAAAUUAAUUUAAAAGAAACAGCCAUUGCAGACUUGGUGAAAAAGAUGUACGUUUAAACAUGAUACAGAAGUUUGUGCAUGAAUCCUGUUGUUUAUAGUUUGGAGGUGUAUGGGGGAAAUGCAUGGACCUGUGAUGAAGAUGAAAGAUCUGUGUUACACCAUGAAACAUCUAUCUGUAAUCUUUGCAUGGGUAAUAUCCUGUAUUUCACAGAUUAGGUUGUCUUCUAUUUAAAGAGAACCCCCUAAAGUAUAAAUACUGUCAUGAUACCCAAAAGAAAAGCAACAAUAAAACUUGAAAUGUAAGUUCUGACCAAGAGCAAAGUCACAUAUAUGCACUACAUCAGAAGGAAAUUCUAAAUUGCAUGUGAUCUAUAGUACAGAUCCACAUCAUUUCACAAAGUCAUAGUUUUAUUAUUGAAUCCUGAAGUGCGACUAUUUUUGAAGCUUUAAACUAACAAGAUUUUUCUUGCAUCUCAGGAUUGCAUUGGAAGUAUGUGUUUCAAACUCAGAUUAAAAGGAAAACAUCUAAAAAGUAUUUAUCUCAUCUGCAGACAAACCUGAAAAACAUGUAUUUUUGCUCAAAGAUGAAGUUACUCUAUCGUCCUUUUUUUCCUGGUGAUUUUAAUAAAGUGGGGGUAAAUUUUUUCUUUCAGAUUCGGUGCACUGCAGUAAGUCGAAUAUCAGCAGAUGUGACCUGCUAAAUUCAGUGAACUGCAACUUUGCAGAGACAGGCAGAUGUAUUACAGCUAAAACAGAGAGCUGGUGGUUGAUGUCACAAAGAACCCCAUGCAUUGAUUCAGGUUUAUGCAGUUUAUUCAGGAGGAGAGUGGGAAACUCCAGCUUUUGAGGCCAGACAGGACACAUUUCAACAUAUCUGGCAGGGCAAAUAUUCCAGAUUUGAGUCGCAGAAACAAACACAAAUGAUCCUAAAUUUGCUUUGCUUUUGGUCUGAACCAGCCAGACAUUCCUGGCAGAUUACAAAUGUUAAUACGGUAAAAGUGUUUUUGACAGUAAAUCAAGGUCAUAGUCCAUGUUCAAGGGGACUCUGCAGUCUUUCAGUGUGACCAGGUCACAUUCAUGUACACAUGUCAUAUUGUUGAUGAACUCCAUCAGUGCUUCUUCUGGUUAUUCAGAGUCCGCUCCAAGUCAAAACUGUCCUUGUGUAUAGGAGUAAACAGGGCCAAAGCUUAUAUGAUGACCUUUAUUGUGAACAUUGCUUUGACAGAAUCUUAUCUUUUCAGGAGAGUAAGCAGAAUAAUGAUUUGUUAGGGGUGUCGCUUGAUGGGUACUGUAACUGUUACUAGACCAGAUCCUGUCUGUUCCUGUUGACUGAUCUUUCACAGUGAUGCAGUCCACUACCACCCUCGAUUUGGAGCCUGUUUUAAUUUUCACCUGUUGAGUCCUGAUCAAAUCACAUUAUAUUUAUUUUUAUGUGCUUUUGAUAGUAUUUCUGUGUGUGAUGAUCUGCACUGAGCUGCUAGCUAGCUGUACAUGUUUUGUCAUCUUCAAUCUAGCAAAAUUGAAAGAAUGCACUGAAUUAUCAAGAACUGAAGUUUGGGAGAAGCACCACAGGAUUUACCUUUCACAAUGAUAAUAAAAUAUCUUUACAAAGUUUAAUGUAAAGCAUUUUCCAUAAUGAGGUAAGGAUUUGAUGCAAUGCUAGGUAAUACCUGUGGAGUAACAUGGAGACCUCAGUGACCAACAGUGAGAUAGCAGAAAGUGAAAUAAGAAGCCAGAGCAAGCAGCCCAGAGGCAAAAAUUAGAGCCUCCCAUUCAUUGAGUGUGUGGUGCCAUGUCAGGGCCUGAGCCACACAGACUGAAUUAGCCUGCUAUUGACUAUUGACAUGGCUUUCAUGUGACUUAGGUUUGCACGGUGGACCAUGCACAAUAAUGCAAGCUGUUAAGCUUUAAGUUCAUACUGCGUAAAGUUUUCCACUGAAGUUUGUAACCCCAGGAUACAUUUUGUUAACAGCUAACAGCUUGUUUCAUCCUUCUUACACCAUCUACAUGUUUCAGUGUUAAGUUCAUAUCUGUUCCUGUUGAAAAAGGUUCAUCCAAGUUUUCAUGUAAUUCUCUAAAACUAAUUUAAGGCUGUAUAUUACUGGAUUCAGAUUUGUGUGACUCCUAGCUUCUAUCUGAAAUAGUCUUUUUUUUUUCCAAAUCUUGCAGAGAAUUUCACGGCAACUACACAACAAAAGGGGAAAACAAGUUUACAGGCUAUUAAGCAAGUUCAACACUGUCUUUGACUAACAUUGCUUACACAGCCUGAAACCCACGUAAGAGAUGCUGAAGCUAUUAUCAUAAAUAAAGGUAGCUUUAAACCUUCAGGGUCUCAAAAAAGGGGGCCAUUUAAAGCAGCCCAUGAUGCUCCUCCAACACAAAAAAGUAGGUGCCAACCUAUUUUUUUGAAAGGGAUCAGUGCACAACUCUUAAAUUUGAAAACAAACAAACAAACAACAAAGAAAAAAACAGUAGUACAAUACAAGUCAAAGUCUUAUCUACAAUACCUAAACUAAAAAUGAACCCCUGUCGGCGUGUUUGCUGUGUUUUGUGUCACAUGUCAAACUGUCAUUGCCUGGUAUUAAGAAACAGACUUAAUUGUUCAAGCUAAUACAUACCCUAUAUGCAGUUGUAACUCUCACAGAUUAAUUACAGUAAAUUUACAGUUUUCUUAUAGGGGAUGUGGCUGUGGUUCGAUGACAGGGUCAGCUGCAUCUCUAUUAGGAGGUUGGAGGUUUGAUCUCAGGUCCUACUGUCCACAUGCUCAGGUGAGCAGCAUGUCUCUAUCAUCAUUGCAGAAGAUUAGAGAAAGCUUCACCUAAAAUACAGUCCAUGCGUUUCUUAAGGAUUGAGCUACCUCAUUACGCCAGAUUAUAAUUAAGAAAAUGAUCAAACUUUACAGUUAAAGCUGACAUGCUGUACACAGCCUGGUCCCAACUGAGAAAUGAACUUAGAGUGAAUUACCAUGGGAAUCUUACCAGCCUUGAGAGGCACCAAAUUCUCUGGCUUUAGACUUAACAGACCAAGGUUUCCCUCUGAUGUAGCGUUGUCGUCUCUGGUCUUCAAAGUUUUAUGGAGUAUAUUUGUGCUAAUAUUGUUCACCAUUUCCAGGUAAUUAAUGAGAAUAUAGGCCAGCAGAUUUUCAUGCUGCAGGUAUCUGAUUUUAUUAAGUUGAUUGAAGACAUUUUACAUCACUUCAGUAUGUUGUGACGUUGAAAAAGAAUGAAUCAUGAAAUCUAUCAAGAAUCAGAAGAUUGAAAAUUACAUCUCAUGUUCUUAAAGGGUUAAAUCAGGUGUUGAUCAGUGUCUUCUGAGGCGCUUUAUCGGCACAUAUGUUGUUCCUCCCACACACUCUGCUUUGAGGCAGUGACAGCUCUCCACUAUGGUGUAGGUGUGAGAAACCUUGGAACCAUCUGCACAGUCAAGCUCCACCUUCCCUUCACUGGUCGUGGCUUCUUGGCAACACUGGCACUCGUGCAUCAUCCCGUUAGCAGCAGCUGAAUACCUGCACACGUCAGCAACAUACAUUAAUUUUUCCAUCUCAUGCCUUUCAUCAUCUACAGAUCAUUUUAUUGGCAAUGCUUACAGAGGGAUAAUAUUCUCAGUCCAUGUUCUUAACAUGGGAACAUGACUAUCUGUGAUUACACUGAUGAGUGACGACACCUGAUGAAAAUAAACUUUUAGAGGGGGCAGCAGUGUGGCACCUUUAGCCAAAUCAGCAUAAAGCUCUACUGAAUUAAUGAUGUUUUUAAUUAAUUCAAUAGCUGGGCCAUAUAUUGAGUAUACUGGAUAUAGUGCAGCUUCCUUCACAUGAGAUGUAUAAAUUUUUAUAUCUAAACCACUAAGUAUCCAACAAACUGGGACAUCGACACUAAAAGCCAGAUCCAAUGCUGUUUGAAGUUUUGCCUCUCUCCCUAUAUCCCGCUCACAUUCCUCUGCCCGUCCAGAAAACUCUCCUCUAUGCGUGGGAAUGUAUGCUUGAGUAUCAGGGAGGAAGGUGGCAGGAGGGAGCAAAAGGAGAGACACUAUUGCAUCUUACAAGCUAACAUAAACCAUGAGUCUCCAGUGAUCACUCAGAUUCUGCUUUAAUGUGAAAUUGGUUCAAAUUCAUUUCAAAUUCAACUUUAUUUUUAUGGCAGUUUUCAGACAAAAAAUGCAAUUCAAAGUGCCUCACAGAGGCUAAAACAAUUAACAACAAUAAAACCUGACCCUCCCACCCAUGGACCCCCCCACACACAGAGACACACACCCAGAGAGACACACAACUAAGCUCAGAGUCAAAAAUUACGCCCAGGUUUUUUACAAAUGUUGAUACUUUAAAAUCUUGUACCGGUAGUUUUGGUAAAAGUGUCUCUCUCAGGCCUUCAGGACCAAUAACUCUCUGUUUUGUCCUGGUUGAGCUGCAGGAAGUUGGCUGCCAUCCAGGAUUUAAUGUCUAAAAUGCAGUUUAAAAGGGCAUCAAUUGGCCCGCUAUCAUCAGGCGACACGGCCAUGUACAGUUGUGUAUCAUCAGCAUAGCUGUGGAAGUUGAUGCCUCCUGAUGAUGUCCCCAGGGGAAGCAUGUAACGCUCAAAAAGAGUUGGACCUAAAAUUGACUCCUGGGGAACCCCACACAUAAUUUUAUGGGUUCGUGAGGAACAUGUAUCCAUACUUACCAAGAAGUGUCAAUCAGUGAGAUUAGAGGUGAACCAGUUAAAACAGUGCCUGAGAGGCCGACCAGGUGCUUAAGUCUAUUUAAUAAAAUGUGAUGGUCUACUGUAUCAAAGGCGGCAGUUAGAUCCAGCAGGACCAAGACUGUGAGGUUGCGAUUAUCUUAACGGCACCUGAUGUCAUUCAUAAUUUUUAAAAGGGCUGUCUCAGUACUGUGGUUUCUCCUAAAACCUGAUUGGCACUUCUCUAAAAUGCUCUUUGUAUUUAAAAAGAAUCAAUUGUCGAAGAACAAGUUUUUUCCAAGAUUUUACUUAUAAAUGGUAAAUUGGAUACAGGUCGGUAGUUGUUGAAAAUCUUGGGGUUCAGAUUGCUGUUCUUCAAAAGAGGCCUCACCAGCGCCAUUUUAAAGGAGGUAGGAAAGACCCCUUUCUGAAGAGAGCAAUUUACAAUGUUUAAAAGCUGUUCCUCAAAGAAUCCAUAAAACUGUUAAAAAAACGGUGUGGGAAUUGGAUCUAAAAGGCAGGUUGUGGGGUCUACUUGGGAGAAAACUCGACCAAGUGUCUGCACAUCAACCAGUGAAAAUCUCUCCAGUGUUUUCUCGGGUAAAAGCAGGGAUCCAGGUGUGUUGGCAGUUAAAAUCUGUUGAGAUGAAAGACUGGAUCUGAUGUGUUGAUUUUACUUCUGAAGUAGUCUGCAAAAUCCUCACAGAGGGCAUCAAGGAUGACCCAGAGGUUCUGUUAUUGUUAUUAUUGUUUGUUAAAAGAUCAAUUGUUGUGAAAAGAAAUCUGGUGCUAUGUUUAUUGUCAGCGAUUAGUUUCUUGUAGUGGAAAGUUCUUGACUGUGCUAUUAAAGGUUUUGAGAUGUUGUCUAAAACUUUAAGAUGGACCGUUAAUUUGGAUUUCCUCCAUCUCCUUUCAGCACUCCUGCAAUUUCGUUUGAGCUGUUUGAUAUGCUCGUUUCUCCAUGGGUGUCUUGCUUUUUUCUUAAGCCCCACACAGCUUCAUUUGACUAAAACCAUGACAUGAUGAUGACAAACUUUUUGCCAACACGGCUAGGGCUGUUUCCUCUGCUCCUCAUGCACAUGAGCAGCACAGCAGAGUGGGCGAUCCCAGACUGAAGUGAUAUAAUUAAAGAAAAUGUAAAUUUGCUGAUACGAAGCCUGUUGUACCAGACAUUACAGUUCUGUGGUUUAUCUGUGAAUAAAAGU